CAUUUUGAUGGCACAUAGGUGAAUGACACUUCAGAAAGUUGCUGAUCAGGAACACUGGCCCUCCACAAAACUGAAACCUACACAGUAUAGACUGUAGAGUACAAAUAAAUAGGAGCUCUCUCUGUGCUGUCAGUGCAUUCCCUUUAUAUUGUAUCUGAGUUUUGUUUAGUUUGUUGCAAAGACACAUUUAAUUAAUGAGAGAGAGAGAGAGAGAGAGAGAGAGAGAGAGAGAGAGAGAGAGAUAUGACCGUGGGUGGGAUUCGAGUCUGGGUCACAUACUUUAUUCUUUUAAUUAAUGCACAUCAAGGGAGAUUGGCAUGCAAGCUUCACAUACAUUAUUGGGACAUAUCUGAUUAAACAGGCAUAGCCUAUGAUGAGCGCAUACUAUACUAAGAUAUGGAGUAGAUAAGGGAGAUGACAGUGUCUGCUCACUAGUGGUGUGGGAGAAAUGUACAUACACGUAGACAAUACCUGCUAUACGGCUUGUCUUUACAGUUAAGUUUAGUACAUCUCUGCAGAGGUCACAUAUCAGAAAAGUCUGUGCCCCACGAGACAACUAUCCAUUCAGUCACUUAUAUCAAAGGAAAGCAGAACAAACUGGCCUUAGUCAAAUGACAGUGCUUUCAGAGAAGAUCUGCUUAUUUUAGUUUCAAUUCUGCAUGUCUGGAUAUAGACAGAUCAUGCUAUUGAUAGAAAAGGUUACUGACAGAUCAUGUUGUUCUUUAUAAAGCACAUUUCCCUUAGAAUGGUUGAUUUAAGGGACUUGUUAUGUUAUGUUAUGCUGAUUAGUCGUUCAGUACUUGGAGUGGUCGUUGGUGAAAGAGGAGCGCUCGGAUAAGGCCUAUCAGCCGAGCAGGUGUGAUAACCCCCACUCUUCUCACCUCAUCUCUAAAGACGAAAUCACAUCAGAAACGCUCCAGUCCGAUUCCAUUUAACCCCAGUUUACACCUAUAAACCACAACGUAGCACAUGAUUGUAUGUGUGUGUCCCUGAGUGUGUUUGUGUCUGAAUGUGUGAGUGCAUGUGUGUAUACCCUCUCAUAUAAGAUAAGACUCUUUAAGUUGUAUCAUCUUUACUCCAGGCACCAUUGGAAUCAAAAGAACACAUUUCAUUUGUUGCAUAGCAACUGCCAGUUAAAAAAGUCUGCUGUCACAAAAGUUAAGUGUGGGAUAUAAUGUGAAAAAUGCCAUGAAUGCUAUUAUCAGAGAGGGUUAAAGCGGAGUAAUGAAGGAUCUUUGCUAUUAUCAUGAUAUAUGAUGAUGAGACAUGAUCAGAGCUCGUCUGGUAAAUCUGAGCACGAAAAGAAUGCCAUCUGAUCUUGUCUUUCUAGUAACGGCUGUAUGAGGUCUCUCCUUACAAGACAGAGCUGACUGGGUUUUAGUGAAGCAUUACUGCCUACUGCCCAGGGCACUUAGAUCAGAUCCAUUAGCGUCUGCACUGUACUCUCCCAGAGCCCCUCCCACUGGCAGUCAGUCUUUACAGGAAAGUGAAACUGAGUGGCAGUCAGUCAGACUGCUGUUGUGUAUUGCACAGUCACGGUCACAGUCACUCAGACUGGGAUAUAUCUGGUAUGUGGUUACAACUAGUGCUUGAGUAGCUUUAUUAGGUUACUGGGAGGUAAAUAAGCCUGUGGGUCUGACGGAACAACGCUUGUGGAGAUUGUGGUUUGCUUAUAUCAUUCAAGGGGAACGCUAUGGCUUCAAAACUGGAGGCAGAUCUGCACUGUCCCGUGUGCUAUGACAUCUUCAAAGAUCCAGUCAUCCUGACCUGCACUCACAGCGUCUGCAAAGCCUGUCUGGAGCAGUUCUGGCAGACUAAACCGUCCAGAGAGUGUCCGGUCUGCAGGACGAUAUCGGGGCCGCAAGACGAGCCUCUAACUAACCUCAUACUGAAGAAUCUGUGUGAGUCUUUAGUGAAGGGGAGAGGUGAGAGAGCCUCGAUAGGGUCUGAGGUACGCUGCCGUCCCCACAAUAAGAAACUCAAGGUCUACUGCCGGGAGGAUAGAGAGCUGGUGUGUCUGCUGUGUCGAGACUCAAAACAGCACCUUAACCACCACUUCUGUACUCUAGACGAAGCUGUACUGGAACAUAAGAGGAAGAUAGAGGCCAGCCUAAAGCCUAUACAGGAGAAACUGAAAGCCUUUAAAGAAGCAAAGAUGAUCAGUGACAAAACAGCAAAAAAGAUUAAGACUCAGGUCCAGCAAACAGAGAAGCAGAUCAAGGAUGAAUUUGAGAAGCUUCACCAGUUUCUUCGAGACGAAGAGGCAGCCAGGCUAGCUGCACUGAGUGAGGAAGAGGAGCAGAAGAGUCAGAUGAUAAAGGAGAAGAUUAAGAAGUUGAGCAGAGAGAUCUCAUCUCUUUCAGACACAAUCAGAACCAUAGAAGAGGAGAUGGAAUCUGAUGAUGUCUCAUUUAUGCUUAACUACAACACCACAGCUGAAAGAGCCCAGUGCACACUACAGUAUCCAGAGAGGAUUACAGGUCCACUGCUCCACGUGGCAAAGCACCUGGACAACCUGCGAUUCAGAGUCUGGGAGAAGAUGCAGGACAUGAUUGAAUACGCUCCUGUGACUCUGGAUCCAAACACUGCAUACCCACAACUCCUCCUGUCCGAGGAUCUGACCAGUGUGACAUGGGAAGACGAGGAGCAGCAGCUUCCUGAUAACCAGGAGAGAUUUGAUACGUACUCCAGCGUGCUGGGCUCCGAGGGCUUUGACUCAGGAACACGCUGCUGGGACGUGGAGGUUGGGGACAGUGAUGAUUGGGCGGUCGGUGUGAUGGCAGAGUCUGGCCAGAGGAAAGGUAGAAAUAUGGACGAGAAUGUCACCAAACGCUGGAUUGUACGCCACUCUGAUAACGAGUACACGGCACGUUCCGGAAUGGUGUCCUUCCUGCGUGUGCUAUUUGAUAGGUCAGUCAUUCCCAUCAGAGUCGAGCAGAACCCUCAGAGGAUCAGAGUGGAGCUGGACAGAGACAGAGGAAGGGUUUCAUUCUCCGACCCUGAUAAUGACACACACCUGCACACGUUCACACACACUUUCACCGAGAGAGUGUUUCCUUACUUUAGCUCCACGUCUCCCAUGAAGAUCUCACUGAGAAAGCCGGCCAUAACAUUUGAGCAGCACAGGAGAGGGAGAGGGCAGCUGAAAUGUCUCCCACAGUGGAGAGUGCCCGACUUGAGGGUCUACACAUGUCUGAAUGGCAAUGAGCUGGAGAGAUAAGCUUCAAAAUUCAGUUAAUCUCUGAGAUUCCGUCUCAGUGAUUGUCUUCCUUGUUACUCCUGUUUUCCAUUGGUUCCUUCCUCACUGAAUUCCAUCUGCAACGUUAGCCUUGUUUAUACUGUGGGCCAUCAGCCCAGGAACUUUGGCCUAGGCUUACGAGCUCCGGGACUAGGGUGUAAGUGUUUACAUUGUCAGGUGUCAUGUGACAACCCCCAGAGAUGAUGCUCAACAUUUCAUGAACACUCAAACUUUACACACCUUUUUACAACCAUAAUGUACACUGUAAUUGAGUGCUAAAUGUAUGCAAACAGUGUUAGUCCGUUAUCUAGCAAAUAUGUAACUGCAACUCGUCGACAGAACUGUGAUAGCUACCACUGUAACAGUCAAUGGUUCCUUUCUCACCGGCUGUGCGGUGGCAAAUGUCAGAUGUGUAUAUGUCCAUCCCAGAAGUACAGAAUUGAAUAGUCUUCUCUAAGGAUGGGAUAGGCCAGGCUGAACUGACCUGAGUCUCACCAGUCAAGUGUUUGCACUUGCUCUACACUAAGGACAGGGUGCCCUUCCACGAGGAAGCCACCCUCGACUAAGAGCUUGUUUUCAAUGGAGAUCUCUCCUGAAGUGGAGGGACUGUAAAUCCAGGAAAUAGAUCCUUGAUAGCAUUAUUGUAUGGCCAGCUUUAUCAGUAUAGCUUAAGUAUUGCAUUUGUAAAAUACAUUUUCUACAUCUGUAAAAUUUUACUUUGUAAUAUUGUGUUUUAUUAUUGUUUAAUUAAUUUGCGGUUGGAUUUUAUUUCAUAAGGAGUGCUUGUAUAUUCCAAUUUAUUUCCAGACCAGAAUUCUUAUUGCAGUGCAUAUCUCGUAGGCAUGGUGAAGGGUAUGUGAUGAUGUGGGGCAAUUUUAAUUCCCAAGGCCAAGGGGACUUCAUCAGGAUGCUGGAUGCUUAGUACCCUGGAUCCAUAAAACAACUGGCCUUUAGAAGUAAAAAUGUGUCUGCCUCUAUGGGAAUUUCACAUAGCGGUGUAUAUACUUAUGCCUCCUGUAUUUUUUUUUGCGAUACAUUAUUCAAUCAUAAAGAAAAUUGGUGGCCUUAAAGGAUGGAUUUUUUCCUCAUUUUAAAAUUAAGGCAUUAAGAUCAAUUUCCGAAAUGUUAUUCCUCUUUUUAGUCAGCUUUAGCAUGGGUUCACAAACUUUCAAGCAACACUGUAUGUUUGAUGACAAUCAUGAUUGAGAAAGUCAAAAUAUGAAAUUAAACCUGUAGCUAAAUAAAAUACAUUUUGUUAAUGGUUUUCUUUGAGAGGGAGGAAAUAUAAUGAAUGAAUAUUUCAUGUUGUUGUUGUUGCGGUGGUACCCAGAAGAGCCUCGUGGCUCGAGACUGGGGUGCGCUGACUGAGUGGGUUAGGCUGACUGAGAGGGUUAGGCUGACUGAGUGGGUUAGGCUGACUGAGUGGGUUAGGCUGACUGCUGACUGCCCUCUCUCUCUGCUAUUCUCGACAUGGCAGCCAUGUAUGACGACGAAGACUCUGGUCAUCUGGGGAGGGGCAUGAAGAUGCGGACAACA